UGCCAAGAAGAAGACGCCCCACUCAACAUGGCGACGUAGCUGGCCACCAUGCUCGUUUUGUUGACAAAUAACAAAAUUCCAAUUUUAUGCCUACUUUGAAGAUUUUGUAGACACAAAGUAUGUCGAGACUCAUCGUUAAAAAUCUCCCAAAUGGGAUGAAGGAGGAGAGGUUCCGAGGCAUGUUCGCGGACUUUGGGACCGUAACAGACUGCACCCUCAAGUUUACCAAAGACGGAAAGUUCCGCAAGUUUGGCUUUGUCGGCUUCAGAAGCGAGGAAGAUGCGAACAAUGCCCUGAAACAUUUUAAUAGGAGCUUCGUGGACACGUCCAGAGUGACUGUGGAGAUGUGUAAAUCUUUUGGAGACCCCACUAAAGCAAAAGCUUGGAGCAAACACACUAAGAUCCCCGCUCCAGACAAACCAUCCACACCGACUAAAACUGGCAAUAAAAAGGAGAAAAAGGGAAAAAGGGAAGCCAUCAGCGCACUCGAAAAUCUGCAAGACGAUGAGGGAUUCAAGGAGUUUCUGUCAGUGCAUCAGAAUCGCAGCCAAGCCCCGACGUGGGCGAACGACACAGUGCAGCAGCCAGUCAACCCUGACAGUGGCAAGGCAAAGAGCAAGAAGAAGCCCGCUGCAGAUGAUUACCUCAACUUUGACUCUGAUGAGUCUGAGGAUCCGGAGGAUGAGAAGGAAGAAGAGGAAGGUAGUGAAGAUGAAGACACAGCUAAAGAAGCACUCAGGUCUGGUUUGUCAGACAUGGAUUAUCUGCGCUCAAAGGUUGUACGAACUGAGGAUGAGGACGCAAAGGAUGAUGCAGAAGAGGUGGAUAAUGAGGAUCCUGGACCUGCACAGCUGAACGACAGUGCCUAUGAGAGCGGAGACAAAGAAAAUGCCCUCAAGACAAAAACCUCUGUUUCCUCUGAUGACAAGAAGCAAAGUAAAGACAAGAAAAGUGCAAAGCAAGAGAUAGAGCCAACGACAGAGUUCACAGUGAAGCUGAGAGGAGUCCCGUUCACUGUUAAAGAGCAACAAAUUAAAGAAUUCAUGACACCACUGAAGCCUGUCGCCAUCAGAAUUGGAAGAAAUGAAAGUGGCAACAGAACAGGCUACGUAUAUGUUGAUCUAAAAUCCUCCGAAGAAGUUGAGAAGGCCUUGAAAAAGAAUAAAGACUACAUUGGGGGGCGCUACAUUGAGAUGUUUCGAGUGGACACAUCCACGUGGAGUAGGACUGACCGAAGGGACAAAACAAUAGACAGAAAUUUCACCAGGAAGCUGAAGGAGGACGAGGAAGAGGAGGAUGUUGCAGAGUCAGGGCGACUCUUUGUCAGAAACCUUCCUUAUACGUGCACAGAGGAAGAAAUCAAAAAUGUAUUUUCUAAACACGGUCCUUUGUCUGAGGUGCUCUUUCCCAUUGAUAAUGUAACUAAAAAGCCAAAAGGUUUUGCUUUCAUAACAUACAUGAUUCCUGAGAAUGCUGUGGCAGCUUUGGCUCAGCUAGACGGACACAUAUUUCAGGGCAGGAUGCUUCACCUGCUCCCAUCCACCGUAAAGAAGGAAAGUGAAUUUUCAGAAGCUGGUGGUCCAGGUUCCUCGUCUUAUAAACGUCAAAAAGAUGCUAAAAACAAAGCUUCAAGUUCUAAUUCACACAACUGGAACACACUCUUUCUGGGCACAAGUGCAGUGGCCGACGCCAUUGCUGAAAAAUACAACACAACAAAAAGCCAAGUCUUGGACCAUGAGACAAAGGGAAGUGUUGCAGUACGUAUGGCUCUGGGAGAAACCCAGAUUGUCCAAGAGACUCGCCAAUUCCUACUAGACAAUAGUGUGAGUCUGGAUUCCUUUAGUCAGGCAGCAGCAGGAAGGAGCACAACCGUGAUCUUGGUGAAGAACCUCCCAGCUGGAGUGACCGUGUCAGAGCUGGAGACGCUUUUCUCCAGUCAUGGCUCUUUGGGACGAGUGCUGUUGCCACCAUCUGGCCUUACUGCCGUCAUCGAGUUCCUGGAGCCCACUGAAGCGAAGCGAGCCUUUACAAGACUGGCCUACAGCAAGUUCCAUCAUGUCCCACUGUAUUUGGAAUGGGCACCUGUGGGUGUGUUUGUUGCAGCCAAACCAGAACCAGUGCAAGAAACAACAGCGGGAGCGGAACAGGAAAAGAAAGGAGUGAAAGAAGAAGAGGAGGAGGAUGAGGAGGAAGAAGAAGGUUGUGUGGCAGGUUCUACACUUUUCAUCAAAAAUCUUAAUUUCAGCACCACAGUGGAAACUCUUCAAGAGACAUUCUCCAAAUGUGGCAAGAUCAAGUCAUGCACAAUCUCCACGAAAAAAGAUAAAACCGGCAAGUUGCUGUCAAUGGGCUAUGGCUUUGUUGUAUAUCAGACUGCAGAGGGAGCACAGAAAGCUCUGCGACAGCUACAGGUACACUGCCUUGUGGAUGGUCACCAGUUGGAGCUGAAGAUUUCAGAGAGAGCUACAAGGACUGCAGAAGUGUCACGCAAGAAGAAGCAGGUGGAGAAGAAGCAAACUGGAUCAAAGAUCCUUGUGCGAAACAUCCCCUUCCAAGCUUCUGUCAGAGAAGUUCGAGAGCUCUUCUGUACCUUUGGAGAGCUGAAGACAGUCCGUCUUCCAAAGAAGGCAGCUGGAUCAGGGAAUCACAGAGGUUUUGGCUUCAUUGACUUCAUCACCAAACAGGACGCCAAGAAAGCAUUUGCUGCCCUGUGCCACAGCACCCAUCUUUACGGGAGACGUCUUGUGCUGGAGUGGGCCGAUGCUGAGGAAACAGUGGAGACACUAAGACGAAAAACAGCUGAGCAUUUUCAUGUGGCCAACAAAAAGCAACGCAAAGUGGAGGUGCUGGGAGGAAUUCUAGAGAAGAUGGAAACCCAAGAUGAUUCGGAGGACUGAAGAUGUUGCACAUAUUGAGGGUUUGAAGUUUAUGAAGAGAUUGGUUGUCGCUCACCCUGAAAGUUCCGCCAGCUUCCUUUUGUAGCCCUUUUGAGGCAUUGAGCAGGAGACUAAACUCCCAGUUGUAUUAACUUUAUUUCUACUGUAAGAUAUGGCACCACCAUUGAUCAUGUAAACAAUUUGAAUGCCUAGCAAUAUGCGUGAAGAAUUACACCUUGAACAGUUUUCCUUAUCUGUAAAAUAUAAAUUCGGGUGACAUGCACAGCUCUGUUUUUUUCCUAUUGAUUAAAAAAACUGUUUUUAUCAUAUAGAUGUUUUGUAUAAAAUUAUUUUAAAUGAUCAAUUUUAAAAUCAUCCAUUUUAAAUAAACAUUUUCUUUAUAA